AUGAAUGGACCGGAUGGCUUUGGUGAGCCCCAGGAUGUCACUACAGUCGACAAAAGCAUCGUCCAGACAGCCACUGGAGGCCCGGCCAGUCCAGCGGCCACACCAGAAGUCGAAGCCACCAUGAAACCUGAAAAUGCGCCCGCCGAGAUCGCUAGUGACAAGGGGGUGCCCGGUAUCGUUGUUGGUAGUAAUGGUGAUGCUGAGGGAGAUUCGGAGGCAGAGACACUGAUUCAGUCACCGGAAAAGCAAAGAACUGUGGCCGACGCUGUAUCUGUCGCCGGGUCUGCAAACACCACCCGACCGCAAGACGAGGAAACACUGGGCGAUGCAGUGACGACCGAUGCCGACAAACAAUCCAGAAAGCGCAAACGUAGUAGUGACGAUGGGCAAGAUGAGACAACCUUUUCUGUCUCGAGUCGACGCAGCUCAUCCCUGUCAUCACCUCGAAUACCGACACAUUCGGCAGAUAGCGAUUCAGACGUAUCGUCACAUAUCAUAUCAAGAAGAUCCAAGCCAGCAAGGCCGGAGCCUGAUGACCAUACGGCCGAUUCGGAUGAUGCCGACAACAAGUCAGUCAAGGUUCAGUCUCGAAGACAGCGUCCAAGCGAUAUUUUACCUUCAAUAAGCAAGCAUCGAGCAAAGAAUAACGGUGGUGGUGGUGGAGGAGAGCUUGGUGCUUCAGAGCGACGGGAAACCAGGUCUGCGACUUACCCGCGGCAUUCUUCGCCUGAGCGUUCCGCUUCGCCUCGUCCAGUGGUGAAAAGGGAACACAGGCGCGGUGUGUCAACGCAGUUGACUCUUGGCGAUGUUGAAAGGAAAAAGCGCGGGCGUCCUCCCGCAAUACAGACGCGGAGGAGCGGUUCAGCAGAGCAUCGUGCUCGUUCAGUAACUUCGUCCGACUCAGAUUCGCCGCGGGAAUCCAGACCCACGCUCCACAAAUUCUCGUCGGCAGACAACGACACGAUGUCGCCAGCCAAAGCGGCAGCACCAGGUCCUCGCAAAUGGCGCGAUAAGAAUGGGCGUACCUUUUUGUCGCGGGCUUGUAACAACAAUGACCUCGCGAUGGCGAAAGUGAAGCUUGCAGAAAGACCUGAAGACUUGAAUUUGGCCGACAACGCAGGCAACACCCCCCUCCAAAUUGCUGCCCUAGAAGGCUUCACGGAUAUUGUGCAGUUCCUGUUGGAAAACAAAUGUGAAGUCAAUACACGGAAUAUCGAUAAGGAAACACCGCUCAUUGAUGCUGUCGAAAAUGGCCACGUCGAAGUUGUUCGCCUCCUACUCCAGUAUGGCGCAAACCCUCGGUUGGGCAACGCUAAGGGCGAUGAACCAUAUGAACUUGUGCCGCAGGACGAUGAAAACUACGAAGAGAUCAGGAGGCUCCUUGCCGACGCGAAAGAGAAACAAACCAAUCAACCAGGCCCCGUUGAGCAACCCGAACCGGUGCGCGAGUUGUCCUCAAAACCAGCAUCCGCCGCAAGUCCACGAGAUUCACCACCCAUUCUUGGGCCUAGAAGUCCGCCUACUUUUACAUCGCGACGUAGAACUGGUCGAAGUGAAUCGACAAGAAACGACCUUCUUUGGCAAGCCAAUACACAAGAGAACUUGACCCGUCUGGCUGCGAAAGGCGACGUUCAAGGAGUGGCGAAUAUUCUCAACAUCUUACAAAAGGCGGAAACCGAGUCACUGAUAGCUGCGGCCAAGGCAGGGCACGAAGAGGUGUUGCAAUACUUAUUGGGCAUGGGAGACCCUGAGCCGGAUCCAGACCCGAUCAGGAACAUCAAACCUGGUUAUAAUACACCAAUGCUUGCAGCUAUCGGUCGCGGCCACCCGGAAGUCGUCAAACUCCUGGUCGAGCAGUCUGGCUUCAAUCCAGCUCGAAAGCUUCUUAGGGGGAAGACAUACUUUGAGAUCUCAGCGGAACGAAAGGGGGACCAGUGGCAGAAGGAGUACGAAAUUCUCAGAACCGCCUACGACAAGUACACCAACGGGAAGUCUAGGAAAGUUACCUCUCCACGGGUGACUAGAGACUCUGAAAGAGUGAAGUCAAAGGCGCCCCGCCGAUCGCAGUCACCGGUGUCUACCAAGCUCCGCAACUCCAGCUCCUCCAGUCCGACCCUAACCCACAAAUCAUUACCCAACAGAUCGCCGCAGUUCGCACACAGAUCGAGAGAUAGGGAUAUUACUUCUGCAGAAGCGGGAGAACGACGGAGGCAUACCGCAUCAAGGAAAGAGCCUGGUGAAUCCUCGAUGGCGGUUUCCUCCGAUCAAGAUCAAACCGUGUUUGUCCCGAGGAAGGCUCAUCUCAAGAAACGGAGCCAAAGUGAUCUGCCUCAACCGCCGAAUCUGCAUACAGAGAACACCCAUCGUCGACGAAGACUAGUCACAGGGAAAGAACAUCGACGCCGCAAGAGUCUCGUGGCAGAAGAAUCUUCCGACAACGAAGAGGCAAUGGUUUCGGUCAAGGCUGAAGGCAGACCAGCCACUGCAUUGAAACGUACCAGAGAAAGCAUGUCCCCGGAAUCUGCAGCCACCGAAGACGGUGAGAUUGGGCGGGGCACUGUCAAGAAACGCCGGACAGUAGUCGACAGCAGUCCCGAAGGGCUACUCCCUGCUACGAGAAAGCGCAGUCAACCAGCAAGCCCCGAUCAGAGACGAAAAUCGGCUGAGACUUUACUUGAAGAGAACAGCCAAGGGUCCGGCGGGCCUCCUCUGGGACAACCGGUAGAAGCCAUGGAGAUUGACAGUGUGGGCGACCGGAAGGAAACAACCGAAGCUCCUGGUCCUUCUAAUGCAUGCACUGCUGCACAACAGAGCUCUGCCACAGCAGAAGGUCUAGUGAAGACGGAAUCCGUCAAUGUGGGUCCGACUGAGGCCGAGCAGGAGGUCCAGAGACAGGAGGAGCAGGCGCGCAAGGUAGAGGAAGCCCGAAAGAAAGAGGAAGCACGACUGGCAGAAGAAGCCCGCAAGGCUGAAGAAGCACGACUGGCAGAAAAAGCCCGCAAGGCUGAAGAAGCACGACUAGCAGAAGAAGCACGCAAGGCGGAUGAAGCACGACUGGCAGAAGAGGCACGACGAAAAGCAGAAGCAGAAGAAGCAAGGCGGUUGGAGGAGGAGAAGAUUGCCGCUCAGAAAGCUGCCGAAAAGGCUGCGGAAGAACAACGAGUGGCAGAAGAACAAGAACGCCGCAGGAAAGCUGAAGAGGAAGCUGCUGCUUUGAGGAAAAAGGAAGAAGAGGAACGUCAAGAGCGUCUUCGAAGGGAACUGGAAGAGCGCCAGCGGCGGCAGGAGGAACAACUGCGUCAACAACGUCUUGAGAUGGAACGGCGCCGUAGGGAGGCAUUACCCAUCGUGCUCAGCACCGCCGCUUUGAUGAUUGACAACAACGAUCCUACCGUCAAAGGGGAAGCCUGGCUCAAGAAAUUCUUACCCUUGUUCACCGUGCGGACAGCCCAGCUCGAUCCGAACGCCCCUUCAGCAACCCACGACGACUUAUGGAUACCGAACUUCCAAGUUGCGGGACUUUUGGUGACUAAGGACCUGCAUCUUCGCAACUACACAUCUCUCGAAGUCAUGCCGGUAACCCCAUUCCAACGAACACGCUUGUGGCAAGUCUCCCGCAAUAUGCUAUCGUUCGAAUAUCAGACCACUGCGUGGAAUACGUCGGUUGCCAAAGCCAGACAAAGAGAAGAGGAGGAGCGACCAAAGUUCAUGGCCAUGAAGGAACUUUUCUGGGUCAAGCUCUCUGGUUUUGAAGACCAAGUGCCUCGGCAUCCUCAUCUCGCUGGUAUCCGAUUGUGGCGGCGACCGAUUUCUUUGAGGGUCAUUCCUGGGAUGGGCCCAGCCCGUACUGAAGCCGUGUCACCAGUGCCUAAUGGACUUUUUUCUUCGCCCCUCUCGAACCCUUCACCAAAGCUCGCAAAUGGUAUCAACUCGCAUUCGACUUCUAGCACUGGCUAUGGCAACGGACUCGGUUCCUGA